AUGGACCAAGCUGCUAAAGGAGCUACAGCUCUCGAAGCUGGCAAGUUUGCUGAAGCGAUCAAGCUAUACUCUGCAGCGAUUGCUGUCAAUCCCAACGCAGUUGACUACUACAUUAAACGUUCUACAGCCCUCCAGCGAUCAUCACCUCCCGACUACUCUGCGGCUCUCAAUGACGCCGAACAUGCCAUAAUCCUAGCGAUUAAACGGGCUCGAAAAGAACUCAUCGCGCAAGCCCAAUUACGCCGUGCGAUCGUCCUGUUUGGAUUGGAACGGUAUGCCGAUACCGAAUUCGUCCUUGGAAUCGUCAAACGCUUGGAUCCAAAGGAUAAGCUUCUCGCAAUUUGGGAGAUGAAGUUGGCACCAAAACUCAGAGACCUACCGGCAGACGAUCUCCGAGCAAAGCGGACGGUGGAAGAGAUUCCUUCACCUCAACAGCCUACGCAAUCCACUCAGCCCGAAAGCAAAUCAUCCACUCUGCAGACGCCACAAGCGGAACAGAAAGAUUCACAAGCGCAUGCUCCUGCUGCCAAGAUCCGACACGAUUGGUAUCAGAGUUCGGACACAGUUUACUUUACAUUACUUGCGAAGGGCGUUCCGAACGACCAAGCACAGGUGGAGAUAUCGGAGCAAUCUAUCUCUAUCUCAUUCCCGACGAUCACGGGCGCCACCUUUGAAUACACUCUGGACCCACUCUUCGCGUUCAUAUCACCUGCAUCGUCGUCCUACAAUAUCACUCCGUCCAAAGUCGAACUCACGCUCAAGAAGUCGUUUCCCGGCCAAAAAUGGCCCUCCCUUGACGGUUCUGCUACAGAUGCCGCACCGAUAACUAGUUCGUCUACGCAAAAUCCCGUCCGACAGCCCGUCGUAUCCGACAAACCUCCUUCAUACCCCUCAUCAUCCAAGCACGGCCCCAAGGAUUGGGAUCAUGAUGACACAUUCGAUGUCGACAGCGAUGACGAGGGAGAUGAUAUCAACAAAUUCUUCAAACACUUGUACAAAGGUGCAGAUCCUGACGUUCGGAGGGCGAUGGUGAAAAGCUACCAGGAAAGCAAUGGGACGGCGUUGAGCACCAACUGGGGUGAGGUUGGGAAAGGUCAAGUGGAGACCCUCCCACCGGAGGGAAUGGAGGCAAAGAAAUGGAAUGAAUAG